GAUCAAACGCUAUUCACCCCCCCUCUAGCGUUGGUCCUUUAUUCUAACAAUUGGUAUCAGAGCCUAACUCGCGUCCAAACUUAACCGUUUGAGAGUAAAAGCGAUCAUGGGUUCUACUUCCAGAAAUUUGUAUGCAGGAAUCGGAGAAGGCCAAUCCACUUCUAGGCCACCAUUGUUUGAUGGCACCAACUACACGUAUUGGAAAGAGCGGAUGAGAAUCUAUAUUCGCUCUACCAACUUCCAAUUAUGGUUGGUCAUCAAAAAUGGCGAAGAAACGCCUAUGAAGAAAGUGGGAGAAACACUUGUUCCCAAAAGCGAAGAUGAAUUUGAUGCCGAGGACAUCAAGAAGAUUGAGAACUACGCCAAAGCAAUCAAUAUGCUUUAUUGCGCAGUGAAUCCCGACGACUACCGCAAGAUCUCUUGUUGCACAACCGCAAAAGAGAUGUGGGAUAAGCUUGAAGUCACGUACGAAGGUACAGAUCAGGUACGUGAAGCUAAAAUCGAUUUUCUUAAGCAGGAAUACGAGCUUUUCAGGAUGAAAGAGGGCGAGAAGAUCGAUGAGAUGUUUGAACGCUUCUCCAAGAUCAUCAAUGAUCUUCAUGCUCUCAAGAAGACAUACACCAACAAGGAUUUAGUACGAAAAAUCCUGCGUAGCCUCACUCCCGAAUGGAGAUCCAAGGCGGAUGUGAUCUACGAAUCCAUUGGAAUCUCAAACGUAACCAUUGACGGGUUAAGAGGUAAUCUUAAAACUUAUGAGUCAACUAUUCUAACCCCUUCUUUAAGUGAUCAAAAGAAAAAGGGGAUUGCUCUAAAAGCAACCAAGGAAACGGUUGAAGAGGAAUCACUUGAUGACAAUAGCGAGUUCGGACUCGUCAUCAAGAAAUUCCACAAAUUCAUGAGAAAGGAAUUUGACCGUAAGGGGAAGAAGUAUGAUGGCCCUCCCAAGUGCUAUGGUUGUGGGGAGGUCGGGCACAUCAAACCGAAGUGUCCAAACGCCAAAGGCUCCAAGGGCAAACAUGGAUUUAAGAAACAAAGAGCCUACAUCUCUUGGGGAGGCGACUCGGGCGAAGAAUCAAGCGAGGAGGAGGAGGAAGACGAAGAAGCAAAUCUUUGUCUCAUGGCUCAAGAAGAGGAAGAAUCCUCCAGCGAAAAAGAG